AUGGAAUCUUUAAUGUUGGAGAUUUCGUUUAUCGGUAAAAACGAUCCCGGGAGGAUAUUCAAUUUUGAUAUGAUCGAUCAUAGAGGAUGCUCAUUGCCAUGUCGAGUAUCAAAAGAGUAUGCUUCUGCUUUUCUUGACAAAUUGGAUGGCCUAGACAUUAGUGGUGUUAUUAUAUGCAUUAUUCAAUUUGCAAGGAUUGAACUUAAGCAAGGUAAUUGGUAUGCCAUAGUUGCUCAUGGUUCAACAAAAAUCUUUAUUCAGCCAAUGUUACCUAAAGCAUUGGCGAUGAAAACAACGAUCUUAAAUGGACCAAUCUAUUCACCAAGACUGACGUAG